CAACCUUCUCCGAGAGUUUUGUCUAAGAUGGCGUCAGUGCAGUUAACGGAUGAGGAGCUUUUCUCCGAACUAAAGCGCUUCGGCUUCACUCCGGGCCCGGUCACCGAGAGCACCCGCCCGGUGUAUCUGAAGAAACUGAAGAAGCUUCGCGAAGAGCAGCAGCAGCGGGGCUCCCGGUCCGGCAAACCCCGGGGCGGCGCGGCCGUCAACAGCAGCACUGGCGGCGGCAACACGGCGGGACCCAGGCCGGCCAGCCAUGACGUCACGCACCUGAGCUCCAGCAGGAGACCGGGCCGGAAGUCGUCCGUCCUCGGCUUCAGCUCCGACGAGUCUGACGCCGAAGCUCCACUGAAAAGAAGGGGCCUCAAUCACGGCGGCGGGGCGGACCGGAGCCCGGCGCUUCAACCGCAACCCAAGAUAAGGCCCGUCGCGACGCCGAUCGUGGCCCCCAAGAGUGCGCCGAGGAGCAGCGGGUCUUCCCCGGGGCCGGGCGGGCACAGAGGCGUCUCGCUGGGCUGGGGGGUCCGAGCCAGAUCCAGCCCCGAGGCGGAAGGGAGGGAUUACGACGAAUCGGGGGAAGAGGACGAUCGCGAGGGGGCACCGGAGAAGAACUCUCGCUCUCUGAAUGGCUGCGGGGCGUCGCACUCGGUCCCCGGCAAGUUAGCCGGCGAUUACUCGGACUCGGACGAGGAGGAGGUGGGGGCCCGACGGCGGGAGAGGCUGGAGCCGCGACGGAGCCACCUGAAAGCGGGGUUCCUCUCCCACGGAGUCGGCCGCGGGUCGCAGACGGCAGGGGCGGCACGAGAGGCUCGCCCGCCCGGGAGUCCCAGCAUGGUGGGAAGGAGGAGGGAGGAGGAGGAGGGGGAGGGAAGGGGCUCGGACCCGCCGGGCGCCUCGCGCUUCUUUCCCCGGAAGACCAUCUACGUGUCCCUCGGCGAGAACCACGGGAGAGACGGCGGCAAGAACAACCACGUCGACGGCGAGGGCGGCUCCCCCGGGGGCCCCGGCGGGUUCAGCAUCGGCCUGAGGCCGCGCUUCUCCAGCUACAGCAGCCUGCCGCCGCCGCCGCACAGGGCCAACCACUCCAACCACUCGUACAGCCCGGCGGCCAGGCACAAGCCGGCGGCCCCGGAGGACGAGCUGCUCCAGCAGUUCAACAGGGACGAGGUGGCCUCCCCCGGCAGCUUCAGCGCCCACUACCUGUCCAUGUUCCUGCUCACGGCCGCCUGCCUCUUCUUCCUGCUGCUGGGCCUCAUGUACCUGAGGAUGAGGGGCUCCGGGUCCUCGGAGGCGGAUGGAGCCAUUAAGAGCCACCCUUUUGGCAGCGAGUUUGACUCUUCUUAUGACAAGGCGCACAAGGAGCUGAUCCUGAAGCUGCUGCUCAACCUCCACGACCACCUGGCCCACAUCGCCGGCCAGCACGACUGUGGAGACCAGACGAGCCCAAACAGGAGUCUGUCCAUGGAGGAGGCCUCAGCGUAUUUACGGGCCCAGAAUGACGAGUUUGACGAAUUCAUUCUCACUUCUCUGGAGUGGAUCAUCCGGACAGGCCAGGAUGUUGGGAUAAGGCUAAAGGGGCUGGUAGCCGAUGAUCCAGUGACCGACGUGUCCGAGAUCUCCCGGCUGGAGUCCACACAUCCCAAGAUGCCCUUCACGUGCCGCUUCCGCCGAGCCUUCCUCACCGUCAUCAGCAGAGUCUUCCUCAUCGCAGUCGUGGUAGGCUGUGUGUGGAGUGUGGUCUGCUACGUCAAGUACCGCUGGAGGAGAGAGGAGGAGGAGACCAGGCAGAUGUAUGACAUGGUGGAGAGGAUCAUCGAUGUGCUGAGAAGCCACAGCGAGGCUUGCCAAGAGAACCAGGACCUGCAGCCCUACCUGCCCAUCCCCCACGUCCGAGACUCCCUGGUCCAGCCUCAGGACCGGAAGAAAAUGAAGAAGAUCUGGGAGCGGGCCGCGAGCUUCCUGUCAGCCAACGAGUCCCGGAUCCGAACGGAGACCCAGAGGAUCGGUGGAGCCGACUUCCUGGUCUGGAGGUGGAUCCAGCCUUCUAUUAGCUGUGACAAGAGCUCCCUGAUGCCCUCGAAAGUCUGGCAGGGAAAAGCGUUCCCCCUGGACCGGAGGAACUCACCUCCCAACAGCCUGACUCCAUGUCUGAAGAUCAGAAACAUGUUUGACCCCGUCAUGGAGGUUGGGGAGAACUGGGAUCUAGCCAUCCACGAGGCCAUCCUGGAGAAGUGCAGCGACAACGACGGCAUCGUCCACAUCGCUGUGGACAAGAACUCACGAGAGGGCUGCGUCUAUGUGAAGUGUCUCUCUGCAGAGCACUCAGGGAAAGCCUUCAAGGCACUUCACGGCUCCUGGUUCGAUGGUAAACUGGUGACGGUGAAGUAUCUGCGCUUGGACCGGUACCACCAGCGCUUCCCCCAGGCACAGGGCUGCAGCGCGCCCCUGAGGGCCUCCAUCCUCCACCUGAACGCCUCGGGCGCCACGGACACUGCGCCCAGCCAGCAGCGCCACGGCUCGGCCAACUCCUCUGGCUUCUCGUGAGACGCCCGCUCUCGUUCUCCUUUGCGUCAUCCUCUUCUGUGCCCUCCCAGCAUCACAGCACCGGUCUGCUGCUGCUGCUGCUCCUUCACUGCUUUAUAAACGGGGAAGACUUCAGUCUGUGCCGCGGGAGAGCUUCUUUCUUUUAUUUUUCAUUUAUUCGUUUGUUUGUUUUUUUCAACACAGGAUCGCUGCAAGAGAAGCUAUUCUGCGUUGCAGUUGUUUGUUUUCUAUAAUCAUUGUAUUAGAAAUGUUAUGGAUUUAACAUGGAAGCAAAGCUCUUGUGGAAUAUUUAAGACGUGUGCAGAAACUCCAGCCCUCCCUCCUCCUCCUCUUCCUCCACAGUGCAACCAGCUGGUCCCGCGUUGGAACUCAUCUGGGCACUGUAAGAAAAUGGCUGCAUGUUUCAGAGUCUGCCUCUCCCUAUGUAAGCUUUCAAUACAAACACAGCGUGGAUGUUGAUUUCCUGAAGAUGUUCGAUGUACUCCUUGUUAUUAUUAUUAUUAUUAUUAUUACUCUGGUUUUUAUUAUUUAGUCGAGCGAGGGAGGCAUGAACAGAUUUGCAGCGGGAUGUGUCAUGUAAAUACAUGUGAAUGAUGGCACAAGCUUUAUUAUUACAUCUUCUCUAUUAAAAAGCAAACCAUAAGCUCAUGGUUUUUUUUUUUUCUGUUGUUGCCGCCGCUGCUGCUCACUCGCCACAGCAGAGUACAUGUGUUUCCAGAGGCGAACGGGCCCCGAGAGGCUCUGAUAGCACAGCACACACACGGAACAGUGCGGGCGGUAGAACCCAGCGAGGAUCUGGCCGCUGUGCCUGUCGCGUGCUCCAUGUAUUCCACGUCCGGGCUUUUCGUUCCCUUUUGUCCUCGGUUCUGAGCGAUUGUAACAAAAUCAGGGGGCGUACCUUUAACAGUCACGUCAAACCUCCUGCCGCAGAUAUAAUCCAAUAUAUCCCCAAGUUGUUAUUAUUAUCACUUAUUACAUUUGUUAUUUACCUUUUUGAAGUCGGUUAACGUACUGUUGGUGCGACCCCUGCAACGAGUUGGAUUUCCACACCGGUUCUCGUCCGACGGCGACCAACAGACCAGACGACGUUCCGUUCGCAGGCUGUGCCCGUCACACUUUGGUCGACGAUGUCCCUGUUCCGUCACGACCGAUCUCUUUUGAUCAUAUCACAAGGCUGCCGCGCUUUUUGGUCAUAUGGAGUGCUGCGUGAAUGUUGUACGUCUGUAAGACUCUAACCUUCAGUAUCCCAGUCCCUCUGAGGACACUUCACUGAUCGCCCGUGUGUUUAUACAGCACCCGUGUUCAGAGGAAUAGAUCAAAUACAGGAAAGAUUUUUUUUAAAUGCAGUGAAUUGAAAGUUGGAUUCAGUAUUUGCAGUGGGAAAUUGUACAAAUGAUGCACAUUUCAAAUGUUCAACAACAAAUCUGCUGCGAUGGGUAGCAGACAACCCGAAAGUGCCUUAAAUUUGUGCUUUUGUUAUUUUUAAUUUUUUUUAAAGACUGGCACUGCUUUACAGAACACUGUGCUGGAUUCAAGGGGUGAGUCAGGCCUGCCAUAGAUGUAGUCAUGUUAGUUUUACAACUUCAGAUUUGGUAUUUUGUAGCAGUUUCCUUUCAUAUUAAACCAAAUGCUUCUCUCUUAUUUAUUUCUACUUUUUUUUUUUUUUAUCUAAACAGCCAUGAUGUACUAUUUUAAUGUCACUAUACCUGUUACAUGCAUGUCAAAACUUUUAAUUUUAAUCAAGAAUCAACCUCACAUCCACUUCCAAACAAUUGUCAGGAUGUGUACAACGGCAAAAUAAAGUGAACACUUUGGAAAGCA